UGCCGUGGUUGCUGGGGCGAUGCGCCUGGCGCAUCGACCGUCGUGCGCGACUGCAGCAGCAACAGUAACAGCAGCAGCAAAUAAUAGUGAAUUACGCGUCGCACUAACGUGCCUAUUAUCCGUCAUCGUCGCCGUCGUCGUUGGCGCCGGACUCGCUGGAACGACGACGCUCGCACGUGAGCACGUCGCCGCGGCCGCGAGAUGAGAGACGUGUGACCAAGGCGGAGCCGAUCGCCAGCCGAGGCAUGGCCAGCAGCACGGAGGACUACGGUUCCGAGCUGCAGGAGCUGCAGUGGGGCGGCGGUACCACCGGGACCACGCACUUCCUGCGUGGUGCCGGUGGCGGUUCUCACUACCUGCGUAGCGGCACCGGUGGCUGCUACGAAGCCGAGGAUCUCGAGCCCGUCACCACGAGUCGGCAUCAUGGCGGCCAGCACCGCGGCUACUACAGUCCGCCUGGCACCAGCUACACCAUUGUCGAAAGGCCGCCCAGCGCACCCCAUCAUCACUCCUCGCAUGCGACCCCCUACAGAUCGCACCGGGGUCACGGAACCACCAGCGGCACCGGUGCCAUCUCCCCGGAACAGGUGCUCAGGCUGUUCGGCAACAGUGUCUCGGAACGACGGCAGGGCGAUCGCAAAUCGCCGGCAUCGAGUCCAGCGAGCGUGACGACGGUCCGCGGCACGCCGACCGCAUCCGGCGGCUCGCAGCAACAGCAGCAACAGCAGCAAUCGCAGCAGUCGCAGCAGCAGCAGCAGCAACAGCAGCAGCAGCAGCAGGCUGGGAACACCGGGAAUCCGCCCACGUCGCCGAUCUCGCAGCCGCUCAGUCUUCAGGAGCUCACCGUAAGGACAAUCACCAUGACGAGAGAUCCGCCGGACUCUCACCAUGGCUUUGGCAUCUGCGUGAAGGGUGGCAAGGACGCAGGUGAGAUCCGCAGUACCUUCAGGCUACCCCCGUCGCCGUACUUCGUGCCUCGAGAACGAGAAGUGCAGUCAGGGGUGGGCGUCUACAUCUCGAGGGUGGAGGAAGGCUCGGUGGCCGAACGUGCUGGACUCAGGCCAGGAGACACCAUCCUGGAGGUAAACGGCACGCCUUUUCGCGCGGUCACCCAUGAGGAGGCCCUCAAAAUGCUGAAGUCCUGCAGGACUCUGAGCAUGACGGUGCGAGGACCCGCCUUGGACCCCCGCUGUCGGGGCGGUCACCCUGUAUGGUCGUCGUCGGGUCGUCCACAGUCCUGCAGUUGGAUGGACCGCCAAGGUCGUCCGGCGUCUCCACCGCCUCCUCAUCCACCCCGCGAUUCCCGCUACGGACCGAGGACGCGGAAAGUCGAGCUGUGCAUCGAACCCGGCCAAUCUCUAGGCCUGAUGAUCCGUGGCGGCCUCGAAUAUGGCCUCGGAAUCUACGUGACGGGCGUCGACAAGGACAGCGUCGCCGAUCGCGCCGGGCUCCUCGUGGGCGAUCAGAUUAUUGAAGUGAAUGGGCAGAAUUUCGAGGAGGCGACGCACGAUGAGGCUGUUCAGAUACUGAAGACCAACAAGAGGAUGAACCUGCUGAUACGUGAUGUCGGCAAAGUGCCCCAUUCGUGUACCACCAGCCAGCCUAUAGUAAUUCCGACCGCCCGAUAUCCCGAGCACGAUCCUUUACUUCUGGAAAGUCCCGGGAAUCAUCGUCCGCCCAGUCCCGCGAGCAGCACGAACGAAUGGAGACACCGGAGUGGCGUUCACACCGUUUCGGCAGCCACCGCCGCCAUGGUGGAGGAGAAGGCGCGGGUCGUCCUCGCUAGAAGCGAACGAGCCGCGCUCUCUCAGCUUUUGGCGGAUUACAGGACGAGAAGGCUGACGAUAGAGGAAUUGAUCGUCAGCCUGAGCGAUCUGUUGAAUACCCACGAGAAACUGACGCUGUUGACGGAGCUUAGGGAGUUGGUUGACAACAAGGACAGAGCGGCCUUCGACGAUCUCGUUUACCGACCCCGAAUAGCAAUGGCCAGGAGAAAAGGCGACCGCGCACACUCGGACCUGAUAGUGACUCCCUCGCUCCACGAUCUUCCGAGGGGUGUGCCCGGUGGUUGUUGCCGUCCGGGACGACUGGUGGACGUCGAGGGAGAUCCCCUAGGAGUGACGGGCCCUCUUCUACCGCGGGAUAGCCAGGAGUAUAGGUCGCCGAGCGAGGACAGCGGUCUCGGGGCCGACAUGCCCAGGACCAGAGUGAGCUGCAGAAGGGCGCAACAGCACCAAGUGACGACCUCCGACCUCGCCCUCUCCAAUGAUGACGAGUGCGACAAUCAGGAUUACGAUGACGAGAUCGAGAACGGACGGGGUCGUAGACACAGUUCCCCAGGUGGCUCGCGGGGUAACCCCAGGGAUUAUGGCCAUCACUUGCACCCGGACAAUUUGGAGAGCGAUGGGGGUUGCGAGGGUAGCGACGCCGAGAUGAUCGGUAACGGGAGACGGGGCGCCGGCGACAGGAAUCGCGAUUUGGAGGAGGAUGACGAGCUCGAGAGCAGGGAGGAGAGGGGCUCGGAGAGUGGAGGAGGUGGUGGAGGUUUCGGUGGUUGGAGGUCCCACCUGCUUGGUGGACUAACGCAACGUGUCAAAUCCUGGUACUGGGGCGCCAGGCCCCUCGAGCUCGCACACAAGCUCUCGCGGAGCUUCGAUAUGCAGGAAGCGCAACUGCUGGAGGAAGGUGGCUCCGGCAGCGGGUCCGCCGUUGGUGGGACCGCGGGAGGCCCGCCACGGCGGCAUCACAGCGUGCAGCGGUUGACCCGCAGCGAAAUGUCGGAGCGACGGGAGGAGGAUGGCGCCCUGGUGGUGCCCGAUCAUCAGGGCAAUCUGCGGAUCACCGUGAAAAAAACCAAGUCGAUUCUAGGCAUCGCCAUCGAGGGCGGCGCUAACACCAAGCACCCACUGCCCCGGAUCAUCAAUAUACAUGACAACGGAGCAGCUUACGAAGCUGGUGGCCUCGAAGUCGGACAGCUCAUUCUCGAGGUCGAUGGUCAAAAAGUUGAAGGACUUCACCAUCAAGAAGUCGCGCGGUUGAUCGCGGAGUCAUUCGCGCGCCGUGAUCGAAACGAGAUCGAGUUCCUGGUGGUGGAGGCGAAGAAGAGCAACUUGGAACCGAAGCCGACGGCACUCAUUUUCCUGGAGGCGUAGCAGGAAUCUCCCACCUCCGAGCCGGAACCACCAUAGCCCAACCUGACCAAAGCUCGGCCGGCGGCGAUUCAGCUUGAACGUCACCGCCGUUAAAUCCAAUCGAGACUAACCGGACGGAUCGUCAAUUAAAUCUCCCAAAGAUCCGAUUUUGAAAGACAGCCCUCUCGAAGGGACUAACGAUCUCUUUCGAGUUUCUCGAUUCGGACGGCCGAGCUGUCGGUCAGCUGCUAAAUGAUUAACCUGGCCCUGGUGGUGGGAACUUCACUUCACCCCGCUGACAAAACAACACCUCGAAGACAACACUUCGAAAGAAGAAGAACGAGGACACUGGAGAGAUUCCGGGUCGGCGUUGCCAGAUCCUGAAUUAGGAGGGCCCUUCGGAAGGCCGCUCUAACGCGAAAACCGCGUUAGGUACCAUGGGACAAAGGAUCCUGGAAAGUUCCUGGACUCUCGUGCUAAACUAGCUGGAGUCGCAACCCGUUCUCUCGAACUUUCCUCUCCAAGCGCGCGAAAUCCACAAAUCGGCACGAGACUGCCGCGAGAAAGUCAUUUUACUGUAUAUAUACAAAUACAUACCGCUGUACAUACCUCUUGUAACAAAACGCAGUUCGAUAGGAAGCAAGUAGCCGAUAUACUUCGAGAGCACCGGGACAGUACAUUCGGACAGUCUCUGGCAACGUCGUUUCCCAAAUCUCCAGUCACAGAACUGUUCACCAAUUAAUUGCGCGAUCAUCGAUCCAUCUAACCACUUGGACGCGGCUCGAGAUGAUGAAACGCGAGAGCUAUCAUCCCGUGAAGAUAAAGCGCAGAGAAAAAAAGCAAAAGAAUAUAUAUUUUAUUUUUCAAUGAUCACAUCGUUGCGUCGGUGGUUACUUCGAGACUAUUUGAGGGAAAAUGGACGAAAGAAUCGCGCAAUGUGCCAAACUAACUAACGCAAUUCGUAUAUAAUAAAGCUUACUUAAUUGAU